AUGACUAGUGAAAGAAUUUUUACGAAAAUCUGCCUGGUUUUUUGUUUAAUUGCAUUGGUUAAAUCCCAGACGGUGUUUAUAGAUGUAUCAACAGGAAGGAUCUUUUCUCUUUCACACGAAAUAAUACUGAGUUCAUUUCCGGAUUUUGUUCAACAACCACAAAUUGAUAACUCGCUCAAACCCAGAGUAGGUGAAGAAACUACUCCGGAAUGGACUUGUACCAACGACAAAACAAGAGACACGAUCAUAUUGAGCACGGAAGAUAUUCCUGACAGAUCCCCAAAAACUACUUCUAAUGAUUCAUUGAACUUGGAUUCUGCCACCAAAGCCCCGUUCCCGGGGUUAUUGUCCAUCUUUUCCACGGCAAAUAACGCCGAUGCAGUAUCCUGGAUGGAUUACGCCCAGAAUACUACUACUAAAGUAACAAGGUCAACGAAUGAGAAUUUCGGCGAGGACCUUAUUGAUAUUCGAGUGCAAAAAAAGAAUUAA